AUGAGGCCUCCGGUUCUCCUGCUGUGUUUCGUGGGGCUGUGUGUGCUGAACAUUGCACUCGCUCUGAAAAUAUGUGCGUUCAAUGUUCAAAGCUUUGGGGAAGCCAAGGCAAACAACAAGAAGGUUAUGGGGAUCCUACUCAAGAUCCUCUCUCGGUGUGACUUGAGUCUUAUUCAGGAGGUCCGAGACUCUAAAGGGGAAGCCAUACAAACUCUGGUUAGGGAUCUCAACAGAUUUGACAAAUCCAACUCAUAUGCCUAUGUGGAGAGCAAGAGGCUAGGGAAGAAGAGCUACAAGGAGCAAUACGUCUACAUUUACAGAGACAAUGUACUGCAGGUCAAAGAGCACUAUGAGUAUCCCAAACUGGAGGGAGAAGGGACGAAUGAAACAGAUGUUUUCUCCAGGGAGCCUUUCAUCGUCCGCUUUCACUCCCCCACUACCAUGGUGAAGGAUUUUGUCCUGAUUGGCCAGCACACCUGUCCCAAAACUGCCAUGAAGGAGAUUGAUGAACUGUACACCGUCUUCAAAGGAAUUUACAAGAAGUGGAAGACUGAUAACGUGGUGAUCUUAGGGGACUUGAACGCCGGCUGCAGCUACAUCACCAUCAAGGGCUGGAGAGCCGUCCGCCUCAGGAGUGACCCCAAGUUCCGCUGGCUGAUCGGAGAUGACCAGGACACGACUGUGCGAGUGAAAACCCACUGCCCUUACGAUAGGAUAGUUGUCCAUGGACGUGAGAUCAUCUCCAGUAUAGUUCCAGGUUCAGCUCAACCCUUCAACUUUAAAGAGGAGUUCCACCUGACUGAGGAGGAGGCUCUAGAGGUGAGUGAUCAUUUCCCAGUUGAAGUUGACCUGAAACCCAGCCACCGCUACCUCCUCCGCCACGAGCUGUAGACCCCUCAGGACAGCCAGGCAUCGACAAACCAUCACCAUUUUAACUGUAGUUUGACUGGAUUUUUAGCUCUU